ACGACCAUUAUUCUGAAAAACAGAGAGAAAAGAAAACCAAAAACCAUUUCUUGGCUGGUUUGAAGAAAUUCUAAGGAGAUCCAAGUGAAAGCAAAGCCAAAGAAGUAGAUUAAGCUUAGUUCUAGCCUUUUUAUGAUAUUUCUUGGGGUUUCCAAGUGGUUUGAGGUUUAGAAAAGCUUGAAGAGAUUGUUUUCGCCGAAAAGUUGCUCGGAUAAGCACAUCAAUACCUAAGACAUCACUUGUUACACGGUGAAAUAUAUUGUGGACAAAAGAUAUAUAAUAACACAGAUGGAUCAUGAACAUGGAAUUGGGGCUACUGAAGGCUCUUGCAGCAAUAAAUAUGAACAAGAAAUGGCUCAACUUCGAGCGGUAGUGAAUAGACAGGCUGAACAAAUUGAGAAGUUGUUAGCAGAACAACGACAAAGGCAAGCACCAACACCACCUACUGAAACUCCAACACCUCCACAAGCUCCACCUCCACAAGCUCCACCUGCAGUGCACCCCAUGGAACCAUUAUAUGAACGGUUCCGAAAACAACGCCCACCAGUAUUUGAAGGUAGCACUGACCCACUUGACGCACAAGACUGGAAGAGUUCUUUAGAAGACAUCUUUGAGUUCAUGCAACUAAGUGACAGGGAAAAAGUUUCUUGUGCUGCACAUACACUUAAAAAGGAUGCUAAGAUCUGGUGGGAAGUGGUUAAGCAGACUAGAGAAGUGAAUCAGAUGACUUGGGCAGAAUUUGAACUGGUCUUCAAUGAGAAGUUUUAUAAUGAAGCUGUGUUGACUGCCAAAGUAAGUGAGUUCACUAGAUUGCAACAGGGGAAUCAAUCAGUGGCUGAGUACGCCAGGACAUUUGACCGGUUAGCCAAGUUUGCACCAGACUUGGUUAACACUGAAACUAGUAGAGUGAAUCGCUUCCUGGAGGGUCUACAACCAGAAUUGGCUAGAGAUGUAGAUAUGGGACGUACAGGGCCUCUUUCUUAUGCUCAGGCUGUGGAGAAAGCUUUGAGAGCUGAACACAGAGAAGAAAAAAUAACAAAAGCUAAAGCUGCUACUAGCAUGCCUCGUAGAGACACUCCAUUCAACAAAGAACAAAGCCGCUUUCACAAUGACAACAAAAGAGGGGCCCAGAAUUUCCAAUUUAGACAAGGACAGAAUAAGAAAUUUAAAGGAGGUCAGCAAAACAGGCAACCUGGAUUCCAACAAAUGCCACGAUGUCAAACUUGUGGAAAGAAUCAUUUCGGGGAGUGCAGGCUUCUAACUAAGAGCUGCUUCAAAUGUGGCAAGGGGGAUCAUUUUAUCAAAGAUUGUCCAUUGAUGAAGAACCAACAAAUGAAGGAUGAACCUCAGAGGACAAAUGCUAGGGUGUUCACGAUUACUCAGGCUGAUGCUGAUACCAACAACUCUGUUGUGUCAGGUGAUAUUUUUGCAUCUGGUAUUCUCACUCAUGCAUUAAUAGAUUCAGGUGCCACGCAUUCAUUUGCAUCAUUGACAUAUGUAAAAAGGUUGGGUGGAUCGUGUGAAAAAUUGUCAGAAGUUUUUAGUACAAUGUUACCAUCUGGAGAGAUUCUGUAUUCUACUCAUUGGUUGAGGGGGGUUCCUAUUUGCAUUGAUGGUAGGGAAUUAUAUGCUGAUCUAAUAAUGUUAGAGAUGGCCGAUUAUGAGGUGAUUUUGGGUAUGGAUUGGCUUUCAAAGUAUAAUGCCACUAUUGAUUGUAGAAGGAAAACAGUGAUAUUUAAGCCUUCGGAGGAAGAUGAGUUUAUGUUUACUGGAGCGACAUCGAAAGGUUGCAUUCCAUUAAUUUCUGCUAUGAAGGCCAGGCGACUGUUGGAAAGUGGAUGUGUGGGUUAUCUCGCCAGUGUGGUUGACACGUAUAAGGAGCAAAAGUUAAAACCGGAAGAUGUACCGGUAGUUAGAGAUUUCUUAGAAGUAUUUCCAGAAGAUUUACCGGGAUUGCCUCCAGACAGAGAAAUUGAAUUUGUGAUUGAGCUACUUCCUGGUACAGCCCCUGUGUCCAAGGCACCUUAUAGAAUGGCACCAGCAGAACUAAAGGAAUUAAAGAUACAAUUGCAAGAACUCCUGGAUAAAAAGUUUAUCAGGCCUAGUUUUUCACCAUGGGGAGCUCCGGUGCUAUUUGUGAAGAAAAAGGAUGGGACGAUGCGAAUGUGUAUUGAUUAUAGAGAAUUGAACAAGUUGACAAUCAAGAAUAAGUAUCCACUUCCUAGAAUUGAUGAUCUUUUUGAUCAAUUACAAGGAAGAGGAGUGUUUUCAAAGAUUGAUUUGAGAUCUGGGUAUCAUCAAUUAAAGAUUAGAGAAGAGGAUGUACCAAAGACCGCAUUUCGAACUCGGUAUGGCCAUUAUGAGUUCCUUGUGAUGCCAUUUGGAUUAACUAAUGCUCCAGCUGCAUUCAUGGACUUGAUGAACAGGGUGUUUAAGGACUACCUUGAUAAGUUUGUAAUAGUGUUUAUUGAUGAUAUCUUGGUGUAUUCUCGAUCCCAAGAAGAACAUGAGGAACAUUUGAGGUUGACGUUGGAGAAAUUAAAAGAAAAACAACUCUAUGCCAAAUUUAAGAAAUGUGAAUUU